AUGUAUAAAAGAAUUAGUUUCAAGCGUUUAGGUAUUAGUCGCUCAUCUGGUAGCAACGAAACUAAAUCAAAAGCCCCAAACAUGAAAAUGACGAUUGUUGCCGUUUUUGCCCUUGUGGCCGUCGCAUCUGCCGCAGUGGCCAACGUAAGGCCCGAAGGUGAACGAGUGUAUGUUGUACCUCCACAGACUCUUCGUUCUGAAUCGAGACAAGAACCCGAUGGAAAUUACGUCUACAGCUUCGAAACCGAGAAUGGUAUCAAUCGCGGCGAACGUGGUGAACUGAAGCAAGUCCUUGAUGAAGAGAACAAGCCCAAGAAUGUCGUCGUUGUCGAAGGUUCCUACUCUUACACCAAUUCUGAAGGCAAAGUUGAGACUGUUAACUACGUCGCUGAUGAAAAUGGCUAUCGCGCUGAAGGCGACUCAAUCCCCAAGGUCGCUCCGACAAGGAGAUAA